GUGGGCUGGUCGAGGAAGGAGUUUUUGAAUGACUGAUAACAGUUUUUGAGUUCUCCCAUCGGGACAACUGCAUGUGCGUGUGCCUCUUCCAGACAUUGAACCAGUACUGGCAGAGGAAAACCCCGAAGAUCUGCCUCAACAGGAAGAAAUUAAGACGCAAGUUAGGCAUCAACCCAUCUGCUCUUUGAAUUAAUCCAGCACUUCUUUUCCCUGCACGUUGGUUUCUGUUUAAAAGCCUCAUGGCUCAAAGUCCCACAGAGUCACGUCCUGUAAUUGUCUGCGGCGUUUGAGCCGAGCUCAGCAGCAGUGCGGCAGAGGGUCAGAGGCGUCUGAUUGUCUAGUCAUCUGAAGGCGACCGAAGCCGCUAGUGUGGACCAUGUGUGCUGCCGCUCUGGAGGAAUACUGUGGGUCCAUCUUUUGGAAUACUUCAUAUCUGAAUAGAGAAGACCCCGACCUGCCAGUAUGUUUCGAGCAGACGGUGCUGGUCUGGAUCCCCCUGGGGUUCCUGUGGCUCUGUGCCCCACGACACUUGGUGUCCCUCUGCAGGAGGACACAAGUGAGCACUAAACACCUGUCAAGACGCUACAUCUUCAAACAGCUUGUGGUGUGUCUGUUGUUUCUGACGGCCAUAGCAGCCCUGGGAGUCACAUUAGGAGAGGAUUAUGGUCCAAGCAGAGUUUCACCAGGGAAAAAUCCUGGUGUGUUUUACGCAAACCCAGUCCUGUAUGCUGUCACAUGGAUCCUUCUGCUGUUGUGUCAGGAAGGAGUGAGGCGGAGGGAAGGAUCAGUAGACUCGGCCACUCUCUUCCUCUUCUGGUUUUUCCUCGUUGUGUGCGACAUCUUCCCUUUCCAGACACUCCUACGAGAGGCACUCAGGCUGGGAGAAAUCAGUGAUGUACCACGUUUCUGUGUUUUCUACAUUUCUUUUGGCUUGGAACUGAUUGCCCUUCUUCUCUCUGCUGUGGCUGAUGUUCCUCCCGAAGCCGAGGAGCGUGUAAAAAAGAAUCCUGAGGUGGGUGCAGCAUUUUUGAGCAGAAUCACUUUCAACUGGUUUAGCAGUAUGGUGGUGAAAGGGUACAAGCGGCCCCUGGUUCAGGCGGACAUGUGGGAACUGAACGACACAGAAAGCACUGCUGACAUCAACCAGAGCUUUCAGUAUUUCAUGAAGUCAGAGUUGGGUGCUGCUCGGGUCCGGUUGCAAAACAAGUUGAAAAGAAAACCGGACAAGAGCAGAAACAAAGUCAAAGACGAGGCCUUUCAAAAUGGUCUGGGGAAAGGCGUCAGUCUGGAUGAGUUGAUGGAGGACAGGGGAAAGAAAGGAGAUGAAAAGAAGAAGAAAAAUGACAAAAAGAAGGAAGAAAAUGACUAUCCCAAUUCAUGGCUGAUUACCACCAUUUACAAAACCUUUAAAGGGUUGCUGUAUGAAUCUGCCUUCUUCAAACUUCUGCAGGAUCUGCUGUCUUUUGUCAGUCCCCAACUCCUAAAAUUGAUGAUCUCAUUCACUCAGGACACUUCCAGGUACACCUGGGAAGGGUAUAUGUAUGCGGUGCUGCUGCUAUUGGUGGCAAUCUUGCAGUCUCUAUUGCUGCAGCAGUACUUCCAGCGUUGCUUUGUGCUCGGGAUGAAGGUCCGCACUGCCAUCACGGCUGCUGUGUACAAAAAGGCAUUGGUGGUGUCUAAUGACACUCGUAAAGAGACUACCGUUGGGGAAACAGUGAACCUGAUGUCUGCGGACGCUCAGCGCUUCAACGAUGUGACCAACUUCAUCCACCUGCUGUGGUCCUGCCCUCUGCAGAUUGUGCUGUCCAUUGUUUUCUUGUGGUUUGAGUUAGGACCUUCUGUGCUGGCCGGACUGGCCGUCAUUGUGCUGUUAGGGCCGAUCAAUGGGCUUCUAGCAACCAAAGCCAGAACAAUCCAGAUAGAGAACAUGAAGUUCAAAGACAAGCGACUGAAGAUAAUGAAUGACAUACUAAAUGGAAUCAAGAUUCUGAAGCUCUAUGCAUGGGAGCCAUCCUUCCAGGCACAGGUUGAAGGCAUUAGGGGGGACGAACUCGUUGUCAUGAGGAAGUUUGCCUACUUGACGUCUGUUUCCACCUUCAUCUUCAGCUGUGCUCCGGCUCUGGUUUCUCUGGCCACAUUUGCAGUGUUUGUCGGGGUGAGCCCAGACAACGUGUUGACUGCUGAGAAGGCUUUCACUUCCAUCGCGCUGUUCAACAUUCUUCGAUUUCCCCUGGCCAUGCUGCCAAUGCUCAUCGCUGCUAUUGUGCAAACGACAGUGUCGAGGAACCGCCUGGAGAAGUUUCUGGGAGGGGAAGACCUUGAAAGUGACAUUGUGCGCCAUGACCCAAGUUUCAACUCUGCUAUCAGCAUAUGUGAUGGUUCCUUUGCUUGGGAAAGAGAAGGGAAGCCUCUGCUGAAAAACGUGUCCUUGGAUAUUAAGCCUGGUCAUUUGGUCGCAGUAGUGGGAGCUGUGGGCUCCGGAAAGUCCUCUCUCAUGUCAGCCCUCCUGGGAGAGAUGUACAGCACCAAAGGAUUUAUCAACAUUCAGGGUUCCCUUGCCUUUGUUCCACAACAAGCCUGGAUCCAAAAUGCCACUCUGAGGGACAACAUCCUGUUUGGCUGUUCCCACGAGGACAGGAGGUUCCAGGGGGUGAUUGAGGCCUGCGCCUUGGGACCUGACCUGGAGCUGCUACCCGGCAGGGACCUCACUGAGAUUGGAGAGAAAGGCAUCAACCUCUCAGGGGGCCAGAAGCAACGUGUGAGCUUGGCCCGGGCAGCUUACAGUCAGGCUGACAUUUAUUUAUUAGAUGACCCCUUGUCUGCUGUGGACUCUCAUGUCGGAAAACAUCUCUUUGAUAAAGUCAUUGGACCCAAUGGAUUACUGAAAGACAAGACUCGGAUCCUGGUGACUCAUGGAGUGAGCUUCCUGCCAUAUGUAGAUGAAAUAAUCGUCUUAGUGGAUGGAGUUGUUUCUGAGGUUGGAUCCUACAACAGCCUUCGUGCCAGCAGGGGAGCUUUUUCUGAAUUUCUAGACACAUAUGCCAAGGAGCAAAGCAAUCGGACUCAUUCAGAGUCAGAUUGUUAUCAGGACGCUGCAGACGUGGAGGUCAUACCGGAAAGAGAGGACACUCUCCCCGACUCUCCUUUGGAGGACACCGUUUCUGUUACACUUAAGAGAGAAGACAGCAUCCGCCGCAGCCAGCGCAACGGCAGUGUCAGACUAAGAAAGAAAAGCUCCAUAAAAAGAUCCGACAAUGUCAACGAUAUUAAGAAAGGCCAGAGGCUGAUCGAGAAUGAAACUAUGGAAACAGGAAACGUGAAGUUUUCAGUGUACCUCGAGUACCUGCGUGCCAUGGGCUGGGGAUACACUGCCAUGGUCUUCCUGGUUUACUUCAUCCAGAACGUUGCUUUCAUCGGUCAGAACCUGUGGUUGAGUGACUGGACCAAUGAUGCUGUGGAUUACUACAACAUCACAUACCCUAACUGGAAGAGGGACACCAGAGUGGCAGUGUUUGGCGUUCUGGGACUGGCUCAGGGCGUCUUUGUGUUUAUCGGUACACUUCUACUGGCCAAUGCUUCGGUCGAUGCGUCACGUAUUCUGCAUUCAAGGCUACUCAACAACAUGCUUCGAGUUCCCAUGAUAUUCUUUGACACCACGCCCAUUGGAAGAGUGAUCAACCGCUUUGCAAAGGACAUUUUCACAGUGGAUGAAGCCAUUCCACUGUCCUUCCGCUCCUGGCUCCUGUGUCUGCUGGGCGUGCUGGGGACACUGUUUGUAAUCUGUCUGGCCACUCCUUUCUUCACCAUCAUCAUUAUCCCUCUGGCCGUGGUCUACUACUUUGUUCAGCGCUUCUAUGUGGCAACUUCAAGGCAGUUGCGUCGGCUGGACUCAGUGUCUCGUUCUCCUAUAUUCUCACACUUUAGUGAGACAGUGUCGGGGCUGUCAGUGAUAAGAGCCUACGGCCAUCAGGACAGGUUUCUGAAACACAAUGAAACAACUCUUGAUGAAAACCUCAAAAGCCUCUACCCAUGGAUAGUGUCCAACAGAUGGCUGGCCAUCCGUCUGGAGUUCCUUGGAAACCUGGUGGUGUUUUUUGCUGCUCUGUUUGCCGUCAUUUCUAGGAAGACUCUGGACAGCGGCCUGGUUGGCCUGUCUAUAUCCUACGCCCUAAAUGUGACCCAGACCCUCAACUGGUUUGUGAGAAUGUCGUCAGAGCUGGAGACCAACAUCGUUGCCGUGGAGAGAGUGAGUGAAUACGCCGAGCUUGAGAACGAGGCAAAGUGGGUUACCGACACCCGGCCGCCAGAGAAGUGGCCCGAGAAAGGAAGGCUGCAGUUUGACAACUACAAAGUCCGCUACAGACCGGGAUUAGACCUGGUGCUUCAUGGAAUCACCUGUGACAUCGGCAGCACUGAGAAGAUUGGUAUAGUAGGCCGCACAGGAGCCGGGAAAUCAAGCCUGACCAACAGCCUGUUUAGAAUUAUUGAAGCGGCUGAAGGUCGUAUCCUCAUUGAUAAUGUAGAUAUUUCCACAAUUGGCCUGCAUGACCUCAGAAGCAAGAUCACAAUCAUCCCACAGGAUCCAGUGUUGUUCUCCGGGAGCCUGAGGAUGAACCUGGACCCAUUUGACAAAUUCAGCGAUGAGGAGAUAUGGAAAGUGUUGGAGCUCUCCCAUCUGAAGGACUAUGUAGCGGGGCUGCAGGAAGGACUACAGCAUGAGGUCGCAGAGGGGGGAGAGAAUCUCAGUGUUGGGCAGAGGCAGCUGCUGUGUCUAGCGCGAGCACUCCUCAGGAAGUCUCGUAUCUUAAUCCUGGAUGAGGCCACAGCAGCUGUUGACCUGGAGACAGAUGACCUGAUUCAGAAUACCAUCCGCAAGGAGUUUUCACACUGCACUGUCCUCACUAUUGCCCACCGUCUGCACAGCAUCAUGGACAGCUCCAGGGUGAUGGUGCUUGAUGCUGGUAAAAUAGUGGAAUUUGAUUCUCCAAGCAAGCUGCUUCAACAAAAAGGCCAUUUCUAUGCAAUGGUGAAGGAUGCUGGGAUUACAAGAGAAGAGACCACAGUUCUAUGAUUUUGCUCUUGGACAUAGAUAGAUAGAUAGAUAUAUACUUUAUUUUAUCCCCAAGGGGAAAUUUGUCGUCACAGUAGCAGCACCAAUAAACUAAACACACGAGAAUAAAAUAUAAAAUAUAAAAAACAGGGAUGAAAGAUAUAGAUGUAUACAAGUAAAAGACAAAAUGAAGUAUAUAUGGACUUUAGAAUGAAUUCCAUAAAUGUCUCUUGUGGUUUGAUUUAAAAAGAUGGAUUGUGCUUUUAUAUAAACAAAUAUUAUCAUCUGUAUUUAUUGGAAACAAUAAAAAAAAUCAUAUUCUGUUUGUAAAUAAUUAUUAUGGGGCAACAAUAAAAAGUUUACUCAAA